AUGGGCCGCCCGCGUAAGUCUGACGGCACCGUGGACCUCCCGCGUGAUUGCUGGGCGAAAAUACUCGAGCAUUACGCUGACGUGUGCGAUCUCGAGAGAAAUGGAUACAACGUGCGUAAGCUUCGCGUGCCGGCGCUGCCAGUUUUCGGCUUCGGCCGCCUCGGAGCACUUUUACGACAAGACGAAGACGAGCGUAAGGAUCUACUACGAGAGGCGGAUAUGGAGCGGAAGCGUCGGUCGGAUUUCACGCGUGCGUGUGCAAGAACGGCGUGCAGGUUGCGCUCGGUUUGUACGAUGUUCAAAGAAAUCAUGGACGGCGAUGUGGGAGAAAAGAUGUACGCCGUGAUGUGGACGCGGGUGAAGAAUGAGUGUGGACGUGCGCGUAUAGUGGAGCGCGAAGAUCCGUACGGGCUCUGGGAUUGGCCAAAUGUUAAGAGGCCAGAUUUACAGAAGGAACUGAAACAGGCGGACGUCAGCGCGCCGCGCGCGAUGACGAAGCUGCAAAAGCUCGAGCUCGCGUGCAUGAACGGGUGCCAGCUGUGCGAUAAGCAUCCGACGACGCGAAAGGUGAUGUGGCACUUUGGAAUGCGACUCUGUAAAGAGUGCACGCACGAGAGAACUAUCCUUGAGCAGGACCUGACGAAGGUAGAUCCGAGCGUGCUUCCCAAGCACUACCGCGGCUUGCCGUUCGAUCACGUUUACGUAUUGUCUCGCGACCAACGCCAAGCGAGCCGGCACAGACGAUUCUGGAAGGCGGACAUCAGGAGACGACAGCUGGCCGACAAGGAACGGCUCAAGAGAGCCCGCGAGGACGAGGAGUUGAAAACGAAAACGAAACUGAGAAUCAUAAGGAAGAACGCUCGAGAACUAAAGCAACAGGAACGAGAUCGGGUGCGCGCGCAAAGAAAACUGGACAUAGAUAGCAUAAUCCGAGAGUACGUUCGCGAAGGCGUGGAUCUCGAGAGGAGUGAACUGUACAAAAAACACACCGCAAUGGCGCGCCCUCUCACCGCCGAAUUCAAGAGAACGCACAUGCGCGAAAUCUUGGCCGAGCUCCCGAGAGACUGUCUUACGUAUCAUCAUGCUUAUCCAUAG